GUGAGACACAGUAAGGAUUUGUGACGUGGUUGCAGGGUUGGGGCAGGGGGAGAAAUACAGGCGGUACGAGCAGUAAAAGAGCUGGGUACAUCGGAUCCAACUUCACGUUGAGGGGAGGACCACUUGGCUGGUGUCCAGAGAGAUAAGUGUGGUCGGAUGAAUGUGUCCUUGUUUUACUCGCAGGCACAGCGUCUUAUCCUUUAAAGCUUCAACGCUGGAUCGAUUUAAAAGGCUUGGGCACCAAUGAAAGAAUGACCAGUCGGGUGAUUUAAGGAUACCUCAAGGAAACUUUUAAUAUCAUUAUUAUAUAUAUAUUUUUAAAUCCAUUCACCGGAUGUUUGCUCAAUGACAUCUGGUUUUUUCUGGGAUACAAAACUUAAAGCGUGUCCACUAUUAUUUUAAACACUACUUGGCAGCUUAACCAUGGCACUUUAUGUCGAAGGUCUGAGUAAAGGUGUGGCUAACGGAGGGAUGGCUCAGUUCCAGGAAAUGAUGCGGCAGCAACUGGAGAGCUCCAUGCACGAUGAGCUGGAGAAGCUGCUGGACACCACCACAGGGGCUGAGCGAGAGGUAUCCAAGAAAGACUUUGGGGGCUUCAAGAAUCUCUUCCAUAGAUUUCUGCAGGUGAAGGGACCAUCAGUGGAGUGGAUCAAGAUACAGCGACCUCCAGAAGACUCUAUUCAGCCGUAUGAUAAGAUUGCCGCUCGAGGCUUGCCGGACAAUGUGGCCAACAGCUUGAACAAACUGGUGGUGGUGAAGCUGAAUGGAGGCCUGGGUACCAGCAUGGGAUGUAAGGGCCCCAAGAGCCUGAUCAGCGUCCGUAACGAGAACACCUUCCUGGACCUCACAGUGCAGCAGAUAGAGCACCUGAACAAGACUUACAACACAGACGUCCCCCUGGUCCUCAUGAACUCUUUCAACACAGACGAAGACACAAAGAAAAUCCUGCAGAAGUACACACACCACCGGGUCAAGAUACACACCUUUAACCAAAGCAGGUACCCUCGCAUCAACAAAGAGUCUCUCCUUCCCGUGUCCACAAACUUGAGAAUGACGGGGCAAAACGCAGAGGGUUGGUACCCUCCCGGUCACGGCGACAUUUACGCCAGCUUCUACAACUCGGGCCUGUUGGAUCAGCUGAUUGAGCAGGGCAAAGAGUACAUCUUCGUGUCCAACAUCGACAAUCUGGGAGCCACCGUCGACCUCCACAUCCUGCACCACCUGGUCAGCCAGCCUAACGGCAAACGCUGCGAGUUCGUCAUGGAGGUGACGGAUAAGACCCGCGCUGACGUGAAGACGCUCGACGGCGGGCAGAACGUCAUCCAGCUGGAGACUGCGGUGGGUGCGGCCAUCAAAUGCUUCGACAACGCCCUGGGAAUAAACGUUCCCCGCAGCCGCUUCCUGCCGGUCAAGACUACGUCGGACCUGCUCCUGGUCAUGUCCAACCUGUACAGCCUGGACGCCGGCUCGCUCAACAUGAGCCCGAAGAGAGAGUUCCCGACAACACCGCACGUCAAACUGGGCAGCUCCUUCACCAAGGUUCAGGAAUACUUGAUCCGCUUCGAGAGCAUUCCCGACAUGCUGGAGCUCGACCAUCUGACGGUGUCCGGAGACGUCACCUUUGGGAAAAACGUGUCGCUUAAGGGCACCGUCAUCAUCAUCGCCAACCACGGAGAUCGGAUCGAUAUUCCGGCUGGCUCCAUGCUGGAAAACAAAAUCGUAUCCGGCAACCUCCGCAUCCUGGACCACUGAGGCCUUCUUCACCCCCAUCGUGUGACGUAGUCCCCCGUAAUCCCUGUCAUGUGACCCAUUUGACAUGUUGACCCGACAUCAAGAGAUUGUGAGAGGAUAUGACUUUUUCCCCUGGAGGCUGAGUGUGAUUGCAUGUGCAGUGCUGCCCUGCCGUCUCAGCAUUAAGAAGCAGUUCGCCUGCUUUGAUGGUUGGAAGCAGCUGGGAAAUACUGCCCUCUGCAGGCUGUUCAUCACAUAACCUUUAAAAGUAUUACUAAUGAAUUAAUCUUAGCAAUCACUUUAAACACUUUUAUCCAGAUUAGAGAGGAAACAACUCACCCUUGUUUUCUUUUCUUCUAUAUUGAUUUUGACUUUUGUUGGCCAGAAAAUAAAAAAUAAUAUAUUCUAAAUAGGUAGGGAUAAUAUACUGAUAUACUCACAUAUUAUUAGGGACACUAGUGGGGGUACAGUUUGGAGAGCAAAUUAGAUUUGGGGUUUUUCGCACUGCUAAUGCAAUCACAAAGAUGAAGUCAUGGGCGUUACGGGAAGGUUUUGACCUCUUAUUUCAAGCACAAAGACGUCUCUGCUGGACUCGAUAUGGUUUCGCAAUUUAGCCGCAGCAAAACACACCGAGUUGUGUAAUGUAAACCCAGCACAGGGUCCUGAUUUACCACUGAGUUCAACAAUACAACAGAAAAGGAUGUCUGGCAGUGCAAAAAUGACUUACUGGUACAUCACCCAAGUGGAAAUGCAGCGCUUAGCACUGGUUUGGAGAGGUGUCAUCGGGAACCUCUGCUGGAUUUUCAGGGCUAAUGCAAAUGUCAUUUUAUUAGGGAGGAAAAAAUUCAGAUAUCAGGCAUGUCAGCAGUUUAUUCCACAAACUUGCCCUCAGUCUGCCCUCAAAUGUAGCAGGUAACGACGACAAAGUGGAUACAAGCACCAAAAAUAGAGAAGUCAGUUGAAUUCUCAAGUGUACAGCUUAAAAGCUUCUUCAGAACUUAUUUGCUUCGUUUCUAACUAAAAUAUUCUAUAAUUGAAACAUUACAACACUGGUGUUUAUGAGAGUAUACAAACACUGAGGGUACUUUUAAGGUUUUCUGAUAUUUUAUGAGACAGAAUAAGAUUCUCUGCAUUCAUUUUCCAACAUAAAUAGAACAUUUGGUCUGAUUUAGCGACUCUUAUGCGUCCAAAUUACCAGCACCAUUUAAAAAAAAAAAAAAGGUACUGUGGUUAAUACAGCUGUGUCUGCCUAUAUUCAUCCAAUGAGAAUGAAUUUACACUUCAUGUAUUUUACAACAGUGAAAGCUCCUUUUACCCUGGGUGCACACCCUGUCAGUCCAUCCUGCACCCCUGCGCUCCUGUUAGUAAAUUAUUCUGAAUCAAAUGUUUAUAAAUGAGACAAAGACUUCUAAAGUUGACUCUGCUCAGUGGACUCGGUGUAAUUUGACACUAAGAUCAUUUAAAAUCAUCAAGUCCAGCUGACUUCAUCUGGCAAGCCUCUUGAAAAUGAGCUUUUAAAUGGAUAAUUGACUUUACCACAAAAGACUUUGGUACUUGUAUCCACUUGUGAAAGGUGUCCCGGGAGUACCAAUUUGUCGGCUGCACUAUGAGGAUGGACCGACCUCUGUAGUACCAUCGGCUCAGCUGUGAGAGCUCUGAGAGCAUUGUUAAUGGAGGCGAGGCUGCUCUGCUGCAGAAACUGAAUGAUAUAAUUUCUAAAUAUCGCUUUUAUGCCUCAUGCUCAGUAAAAAAAACACAAACAAAAAAGUAUAAAAACCGUAUAAAGCUUUUUCAUAUCGGCACAUUUUUUGACCAAAAUGCUCUGAGAUUGUCUGAUGUUGUCGGAUCAGCUGAUUAAAACGAUCAAUAACACCAGCUCUCCAGUUUAUAUAGUAUUGAUGUAGCUGAUACAGACUUCUCAUUGAUUUUAACUGCAUUACCAUCCACAAGUCAGUGUUUGCAUGUGUUCAAAACACUCAGAACCGUUGGAAACAUGAGAAUAAAUGGCAAAGGCGACGGCUUGUUAUGCAUGUGGCUCAAGUGAAGCUUGGCUUUCAUUAGUUUCAGGUUUCACUAGUGUCAUAUCACCGUACCCUCUCAGUUUAUUGGCUUCAAAGGAUGAAGACCCAAAGAUAUUACAUUUCGAGCAGCGUUCUGAUGGAAAUGUGACUUUUGUGUCCUUUGCUGCUCUCUCCUGCUGCUUUUUUUCACUACGAGCCGCAUCUAAAACGCGCGAGUCGUCAUUAGAUCUGUUGUUGCCAUGAAGAUUAAACAGAGCAGCUUUAAGCUGAAUUAGUGGAGCCCACGAAGCCCGCAGCGACGUCUGUGCUGAGAAAUAAUUGGGUACUGCGAUAUGAGAUUUUCUGGGACAGGAUGUAAUUUUAAAGUGAAGGCCUUUAUUCGUCUCUGUGUGGAGUAGCUGACGAGAACAUCACAUUGUUGUGUAUUAUUUUUUUCCGGUUUGUUUUCACCUUCAUGUCGUGUCAAACCUCAGCGUUUCUCCGGUUUCUCUGCUCAUCCCAUCACUCAGCGUUAUUCCUUCACCCAAAGACACGAGGUGCUGUGUUUUCUGCAGUGUUGGGGCACACACACAUACACAUAUUCAUUUACAUAUGUACAUGUACACAAAGUUUCAGUGUGAGUAUACUUGAGAUGGGUCCGACACGUGCGAGAGCCCGAAAGCAAUAAGUGUUGAUCUGUGACAGCGACGAGGUCUCAGCCCAGACCGCUUCUGCCUCUUCAGAGGUGAAUAAAGUGCAAUAUGAAAUACCGAA